GAAGGCGGAAGCGAUGGCGGCGGCCGAGGCCGAGUGGGAGCCGGCGGCGCUGCUGCCGGCCCCGGGGGGCGGCCUGGACUGGGAGGCGGUGCUGGGCGAGGAGCUGAGCGAGCUGCUGGGCGCCGCGGAACCGCGCCGGGCCCCGAGCGACGAGCCCGAGGAAAACGAUCCCUGUAACUUCCAUUUUGAUUUGGAUUUGAUGUCUUGGGACUCGGAUCUUUGGAAUAUCACAGGCCAUGCUUUCGCAGAUGAAAGUGUGAAGACAGAACCCUUAUCACCAGCUGCUUCAAAUUGUUCGGUCCCUUCUCCGUCAUCUGUGGACUCUCCAGUGCAGAAUGUGCCUGAUGAUGGGGACUUCAGCUGUAGCUCCCAGAUGUCUCCUGUCUCCCUCUACAGCAAGAGCUGCAGAAGCCCUGCAUCCCCUGAAGGAGAUGGAGGGAAGAAGCCUGCUGUCAGCAUCACCUCCUGCUCUGCAAACAAUUCUGCAAGGACCCUGAAGAGGUGUGUUCAGAUGGGGUCCAGACCUUCGAUACAACCCAAACUCCUCUUGCCCGCUGUCCCCGAGGCUCAGGCUAACAUUGGCAUCCCAGCUAAAACCAUCAUUAUUCAGACUCUGCCCACACUUGUGCCACUGCCAAAGCACCAACCAGUUAACAUCCAGCCAGCACCCCCUAAAGGUCCGUCAGUGGUGCUCCCCCAGCCCACUGUGGUACAGCUCCAGGCUUCUGGGGUGCUGCCUGCCUCCCAGCCAGUCAUUGCUGUCACUGGAGGAACCACACAACUUCACAAUCCUGUGGUGAAUGCGUUGCCUCCAGCUGCGGGAAACGGCUCAAGUGGCAAAAUACCAGGGACUAAGCCCUUGCUUCAAAGCACCACACCAGCAAGGGGGAUGGAUGUCAAUGUCUUGAGAAGACAGCAGCGCAUGAUCAAAAACCGGGAGUCAGCCUUUCAGUCACGGAAGAAGAAGAAAGAAUACAUGUUGGGACUGGAGGCAAGGCUGGAGGCAGCCUUGCUGGAGAAUGAGAAGCUCAAGAAAGAAAACAGCACACUGAAGAGGCAGCUGGAUGAAGUAGUAUUAGAGAACCAGAAACUCAAAGUAUCAUCUCCAAAGAGAAGGACCCUGUGUGUGAUGGUGAUCCUGGCUUUUAUAAUGCUAAAUUAUGGCCCACUGAGUGUAUUUGAAAAGGAUCCCAAUGGUGUUGAUUCCACUGCAAGUUCCAGCCACCGGACCAGAAAUCUUCUGGAGUUCUCAACUAGCCAGGAGUCCAGCACAGUUCAGAAAACACCCAGUGCCAUCAUUCCCAAAAAGAAUAAUAGGUAUGAUCAUUCUGUAUCUGAUAACAAAGCACUGAUGAUAGUCUCAGAAGAACCACUGUUAUAUAUUUCACCACCACCACCCCCCUGUCAGCCCCUGAUCAACCGGACAGAGUCACUCAGGCUGAAUCAUGAACUUCGAGGUUGGGUUCAUAGACAUGAAGUGGAACAAACAAGAUCUAGAAGGCUGUCAAAUAACCAACAGCAGAAAGCACGGGUUAUGCAGAGCUCCCUCAGUGAGAAGACAGAUUCCCAGCUAAUGGCCAUGCCUUACACAGACACCAGCCUCAGCAAGAACUCAGGGAAUGAGCUGCAGGUGUAUUAUGCCUCUCCAAGGAGCUAUCAAGACUUUUUUGAAGCUAUUCACAGAAGGGAGGACACAUUCUACGUGGUGUCAUUUCGCAGAGACCACCUGUUGUUGCCAGCUACCGCACAUAACAAGACCCGGAGACCAAAGAUGUCUAUAGUGUUGCCAGCUGUAAACAUCAAUGAGAAUGUGAUCAAUGGGCAGGACUACGAGGUGAUGAUGCAGAUCGACUGCGAAGUGAUGGACACCAGGAUCCUCCACAUCAAAAGUUCCUCUGUCCCUCCCUACCUCCGAGAGCAACGCAGAAAUCACACCAACACCUUCUACAGCGCCUCUCCCUCCGUCCCAGAGACACCCCAUGCCCUGAGGGCUAUUGUCAAAUCCCUGCAGUGACAGCCCCAGCACCCCGCGUGCAGCAGGUCCUGCUGCCAGACUGAAACCCUUCCCUGGUGGCUCCCUCAGGGCUCCGGGCACAUCAAUGCAGCAAGGGCAGUCCCCACUUAGCCCAUUCCUGUGCCUGACCCUUCCCAACAGCUGAAUCCUGUCCAGGGAAUAUACAGCUCAGCCAGCCCCUCGCUCGGGACAGCCCUGGGGGAACUGAUGCAGCGUGCAGUGCCUGAUGCCAGGGGUGCAGGUGAAGCAGGCUGCUGCAGUCCUGGUGUCAGCAUCAGCAGCUGGUGCCUGGGGCUGGCACAGAGGGGGCAUGGGCUGUCCUUACUCCUUAGGCACUGUCCGAAAUUGUGGUUUGUUUUUUGUUUUGGUUUGGUUUUUUAGUCCCUAUGAUACUGUCUCCCGAGGUGGGGUGCUGCCCAGGAUUGCAGCAAUGCAGCUCAGUGGGGUGGUAGGAACCUGCACCUCCAACCAAAGCACUACAAGCAGGGUGACCCACACUGCCACAGAGUGUGGCCCCCACUCCCAGGGUUGGACCCCCAGGAGCAGGACACCUGGGUGGUACAGGGCUGGGCCACCCUCCCAGGCAGUGCACACCCCCCAGCAGAGCUCUCUUGCCCCCCACAUGCUGCUGUCUUCCCCAGCCCACAUGGCUGUGUGGAGAAAGGCUGGGGCCUGGCCCAAGGGUGUGAUUUGGUGCAGCACAUGCAUUGCUAAAGACUUUACUGCUGGGGAUUUUUUUUUUUUUUCCCCCCUGCUAUUUUUCUUUUGAUUUUUUUUUUUUUUUUUGGUGUGUGAUAUUUAAUGUUUUUUACAGCCCGCAGAGCAGCACUGGCCCUGCUGGGACAGAAGAGCUGCUUCAGUGCAGUGGGACACAGCCACAGCACCUUCCCCUCCUCUCAAACACACACACACCCCUACACCGACACCACCCCACACACCCACACCCCCAGCCCCUCCCAUUCUCUGCCUUACCAGCUCUGACAGACUGACAGCCCCCAGCCAGGCAGCAGAGGAGUGUGCUGUUUGCUCCGAGCCCUGAGCCACUAGCCAUGGCUCUGGCUGCAGUGGCAGAGCCUGCUGCAGAGCUCUGGUCAUGGGUCUCAUGUUUGUCACCAAGCCCUGGCCAGAGCUGGGCCGAGGGGCUCCAGCACACUGGGGUGCUCAGUUGGGAGGAGACACCAGCAGAGCAGCAGCCUUUUGUAAUGACUUCAGCAUGUCGUAUUAUUCUUUCCCCCCUUUGCAGUUAGCACAGAAGAUGCUGGGCCUCAGUGUGCCAGCCAAGCUGCCUUUCCUUCCUUGUCUGAACCGCUGACUGAUGUGGGGUGUUUUUCUUUAUUGUUGUUGUUGUUAUUAUUUGUGUGUGGUGGUUAGGAAGUAAAGGUUGACCCUGUAGCAAGACAAACAGCUUGGAGGAGGGUGAGGAGCAAUACACCCCAGUAAAGUAUGUGCCUUGCAACACUAUGGAACAGCUUUGCCCUUUGCCACGUAGUCAGUGAGAGCUGCCCAGGCCCCCCGUCCCCCCGGCGCUCGCACUGCUGGGAAGCAGCCGGGCUCAGCGAGGGGUUUGGCUGCUCUCCUUGCACCAGUUCUGUUUUCCUGGCCCCGGCCCCACCUGACUGUGGGCCAGCUCACACAAUAGUCCAAAAUAAAAACCCCAGCGGUGCCCCAGCCAGAGGCACGCAGCUCCCCCUCAGCUGCAGGGAGGGAGGGAGGGGACCAAGUGGUGGCUGAGCUCGGCACAGUCUGGCACGUUGGCAAGGGCUGCUGUGGCACCACGUCCUCAGCCAGCACCUGUGGGCUCCAGUGGUGGGGAGCGCCUCGUCCUCUGUCAGUCUGUUCUCUGUGUCCUUAGCACUGAAGGCAAUAAAAUUAUUAUUUAUUAUUA